GGAAGUCGUGAAGCGGCAGCGUAUGCGGCGGCGCGGUGAGAUCGAAAUGGCGACCGAGGGAGAUGUGGAACUAGAGUUAGAGACCGAAACCAGCGGCCCAGAGCGGCCUCCCGAAAAGCCACGGAAGCAUGACAGUGGUGCUGCUGACCUGGAGCGGGUCACUGACUAUGCGGAGGAGAAGGAGAUCCAGAGUUCGAAUCUGGAGACGGCUAUGUCCGUCAUUGGAGACAGACGGUCCAGGGAGCAAAAGGCAAAACAGGAGCGGGAAAAGGAGCUGGCGAAGGUCACGAUCAAGAAGGAAGAUCUGGAGUUGAUAAUGACAGAGAUGGAGAUCUCUCGAGCAGCAGCAGAAAGGAGCUUGCGGGAACACAUGGGCAACGUUGUGGAGGCUCUUAUUGCCCUAACCAACUGAUGAUGUGCUUUUUCAGACAUUCUGGACUGAUUUACUGAAAUAAAGUGUUUUAUUAUGCUGUUCUUU